GUAGAUAAUUGUCUCUUGAUGUAGUCACGUAAUCUGUCAAGCUUUUUUUCACACAACAUGGGUCGGUUGAUGAGCUAGUCACAGGAGAAGUGACUCGGUCGGACUAAAUAUGAAUAAAGGCUGGCUGGAACUCGAGAGUGAUCCCGGGUUGUUCACCCUCUUGGUGGAAGAUUUCGGUGUCAAAGGUGUUCAGGUGGAGGAGAUCUAUGACCUGCAAAGCAAAUGUCAAAGCCCAGUUUACGGCUUCAUUUUUCUGUUCAAAUGGAUCGAGGAGCGAAGAUCUAGGAGAAAGGUGUCAACACUUGUGGACGAGACAUCAGUCAUUGACGAUGAGAUUGUCAAUGACAUGUUUUUUGCUCACCAGCUUAUUCCAAACUCCUGUGCCACCCAUGCUUUACUAAGUGUGCUCCUAAACUGCAGUGGGGUGGAGCUGGGUGCGACCCUCAGUCGAAUAAAGGCAUUCACAAAAGGGUUUAGUCCAGAGAGCAAAGGCUAUGCUAUUGGAAAUGCUCCAGAGCUGGCCAAGGCACACAACAGCCAUGCAAGACCGGAGCCAAGACACUUGCCUGAGAAGCAGAAUGGCAUCAGUGCUGUGAGGACCAUGGAAGCAUUCCACUUCGUCAGUUAUGUGCCUAUUAAAGACAGACUUUUUGAGUUGGAUGGCCUUAAGGCCUAUCCCAUCGACCAUGGUCCUUGGGGAGAGGAGGAGGAAUGGACUGACAAAGCUAGACGUGUCAUCAUGGAAAGAAUAGGACUGGCAACAGCAGGGGAACCUUACCAUGACAUCCGCUUCAACCUCAUGGCAGUGGUUCCAGACCGUAGAAUGAAAUACGAAUCUAAACUGGAGAUUCUGAAACGUAACCGCCAGACUGUUCUGGAAGGGCUACAGCAGGUCUGUAUUAAAAAGCUGAUUCGAGUUACCCAGCCAGACCUUGUCCAGGACCGUAAGCAACAGGACUCGUCUUCCUCUGAAGACGCAGCUCCAGCUGUUAAAAAGGAGACAGACUCUGACUCAUUAGCAUCACAGAGUACUGAGCAGACAGGACCCUCAGAUUCUCUGGACAAUACAAGCGUUCCACCGCAGUCUGCCCCAAGUCCCUCAGGCCGAGUUAGGACCAUGGGUAAGCCUCCCACCUUGCCAGCAGGGAGUGCCCCACCACCUAUGCCCAUGCCUGUUGCCAGCCCUAAUCCUAUAGUACAGCGUCUCCCUGCUUUCCUGGACAACCACAACUAUGCCAAGUCUCCCAUGCAGGAGGAGGAAGACCUGGCGGCUGGAGUGGCUCGUUCACGGGUGCCAGGACCUCCUCAGCCCCCUUAUUCUGAUGACGAAGAUGACUAUGAGGAUGAAGAAGAGGAGGAUUGUGGUACUACAGGAACACCCAAUAGGUUCAGACGGAAGACUGGACUUCGCACACGUGGGGUAGGUCGGACUAGCUCGGGUGUUGGUGUUGUGGAAAGCCAGCUGGCUCUCAGCGUGCUGGCAGAGAAACUUAAGAAGGAGGCCCAGAGAAAGGAUUCCAUGGCAACGGCAGGGGCCACACCGCUCUCCGUGCGCACAGAGGGCCGUACGGGUGGCAUCAGCAUCACGUCUGCCUCACAGCCGUCUCCCACGCCCAGCAACGAGAGCACCGACACGGCCUCUGAAAUCGGCAGCGCCUUCAACUCACCGCUGAGGUCGCCGGCGCGCUCCCAGGCAGCCACGAGACCCUCCAGCCCUGUGGCCUCCCACCUCACUCGCGUGCUCUUUGGAGAGGAGGAAGCCCUGCUGAGGCUAGAUGCCCGUCACAACCGAGCUGUCAGAGACCUUGGUGCUUGCAUCAGCACUUCCCUGCUCCACUUGCAAGAGGAUGGUGUAAUCUAUGCUCUACCUGCUACAGAUGUAGUGAAUGACGGGACCAGAAAGGGGUGUGCUGUGAAAAAAGAGAAGGAGGAGGGGGGCAGUCCUCCUGGGGAGGAGGUGAAAGAAGGACCGUCAAUGGAGCGAGAAAGCAAAGAGGCUGUAGAUGUUAAACCGAACAAAGAAAAGAUUGUUCCUGUUGAGACUGAUGGCAGUAACAAGCCCCCUGGAGAAAAAUAUUCUCCUAAAGAAUUGCUGGCAUUGCUUAAGUAUGUGGAGGCUGAUAUUGCUAAUUAUGAGGUGUAUUUGAAGGAGGAGGUGGAGAAGAGGAAGAAAUACAAGAUUGAUGACCAGAGGAGAACCCAUAACUAUGAUGAAUUCAUCUGUACCUUCAUAUCUAUGCUGGCACAGGAAGGAAUGUUGGCUAGUCUCGUGGAACAGAACAUCUCCGUGCGAAGGCGGCAAGGGGUGAGCAUCGGCCGACUGCACAAACAACGCAAACCUGACCGCAGGAAACGCUCUCGACCGUACAAAGCAAAGCGACAGUAACUACAGGACACACUCGUAAUUAAGUAGUUCCAUCAGCUUUUACAACACUCAAGAACUGCAGAAACACCAUUUACUUGUUUACGUUGGAGCAAAAGCAAAGCCCACAUAUGCACUUGGCUCCAUGGACUCAGAUUGCACUGUGUAUUUUUUCCUGUCUGUUUUAUGACAUCAUGAGGUGGACCAAUCAUUCAUUAGGUAUGAAAAUAUCAUACAGUUCCUAUUUUUUUCUGUACUGAAUUUGGAGGAAAUACAUUUUUAAAAACAGUUCUGUGUGAUGUGCAUGAUAUAUCUUUGUCUCUCUUUUUAGCAGAAAGCCUCUUGAAAUAUUUAAGCCUCACUUGUGCCAAGUCAGUUUGAAUGAUGUUAAGCAAAAAAACACUUCUCUCCUCCUCUUCUCUGGAAAUUUACAUUAUGUUUAAUGAGAGAAUAAUCAAGCAGAGAACCAGGUCAUUUUUGAAGGAUUUUCAGAUCCACUUCAAUAAAUCUGUCAUUUGAGCAGAUGUUAGGACAAAUCCAAUGUUACAGAAAUGCUAGGAUAGGAUUUUAACACAUGUUCGUCAUUGGAAAGGGCAUAUACAAGAAAGAAUUUAUAUUUGCAAUCAACAUUUGUUUUGCAUAGAGGCCUUUGUUCAUAAAAUCAGGAGCAACUUUUGAGCUAUCCUUCAGAUAUGCAUCGGUGACUGAUUUGUCCAUGUACCAUUUUCUGAUGACUGAGCCGUGC